AGAAAUUAAAAUUUCGCAGAUGAAGCCAUCAUAAAAUGACUACAGCACCCUUGAUAAACCAAAAACAACCCCCCUCUUUGAAACCUUAUCCCUCUUCAUCACACACUAAACAUUUCACACACCAGUUGCAAUGGCAACUCUAAACUUAUCUCCUCUCUCUAAAACCCUAAUAAACCCUACUCCUCUUAAACCCUCAACCCCCCUUUCAUGUCUCAGUCUCUCAUACCCACUUCAAUCUUUAAGUUUCUCUCUGACCCAGAAUCUCAAACCGACCCGAAACUCAUCUCGGACCCUUAUUCGGGCAGCUGUAGAUGGGGAUUACUCUGCGAAGAGGAGCAACAGUAGUGAACCCAGAGAGACGAUAAUGUUGCCGGGGUGUGAUUAUAAUCAUUGGUUGAUCGUUAUGGAGUUCCCCAAAGACCCAGCUCCUACCAGAGAACAAAUGAUUGAUACUUAUCUUGAGACUCUUGCUACUGUUCUUGGAAGCAUGGAAGAAGCUAAAAAGAACAUGUAUGCUUUUAGUACAACUACCUAUACCGGAUUCCAGUGCACUGUAUCGGAAGAAGUAUCUGAGAAAUUUAAGGGAUUACCUGGAGUUCUAUGGGUUCUUCCAGAUUCAUACAUUGAUGUUAAGAACAAGGAUUAUGGAGGUGAUAAGUAUGUCAAUGGGGAGAUAAUUCCUUGCACGUACCCCACUUAUCAACCAAAGCAGCAGAGGCGAUCGAAAUACGAGAGUAAGAGAUAUGUAAGACAGAGAGAUGGUCCACCUCCUGAGCGGAGAAAACCUAAACAGGCAACCGAAUCCCCCUCUGGAUGAACCAUUAAAGGUUUUAGUUUGUGUUUGAAGAAGAAUGUGCCCAUCAGAAAAUCCAGGGUGCCAGUUCUAGAGAUGGUAGAUGGUGGGGAAACACAGAAAUAUGCAAUAGGUAGUCUAAGUGCUCUGUUUACCGCAUGGUUGGUCAAGUGAGCUCAUUGUUCUUAAUCUUUUUGAGACAGUAUCUGAGUGGUUUCAUUAUGAGGUGUAACGUGAUUGCUGAAUAUUAAUGUAAAUUGGAAUUAACUUGGUUGUUCUAUGAUCAACUUAAAUACAUCAUAUAUGCAACUAUUUAUAGAUGGUUUUGGUCAAA